AUGGCGCACCCUCCAGGCGUUCCUAAACCGCAGGAUACGCUACCUGUCGAUUCGGCGGAUGAGUCUAUUAGCGACUCCGAUGAAUGUGACGAGAUCGACAACUCUAAGGAGUGGAAUGGUCGACCGUGGGAGGCGGUCUUUCCGUCGGACUCUGCUCUUCUGACAACAACUUAUCAAUCUCUUGAGUUACUCCUUGAUAAGCUCAAAGAAUUUUGUGUUCAGAAUGGGAUGGGCCUUAUCACGAUACGAAGUCAAAAGAAUAAGGCGAAGACUAGAACAAUAAAAUAUGAGCUAAUCUGUGACAAGAGUCGGUAUUACAACCCUAGGAAAUCAAUAGCCAAAAUACGGAACACGAAUACAACAAAGUUUGCUCCCAACUGCCCAUUCAAAGUCAUUGUUCAAUCCCUCCAGGCUAAGAACUACGAAUGGUCCCUGAGAGUUGUCAGCUCCCUUCAUCGAGACCACGCGCCAUCGCAAGAUCUUGCCGAGCACUACCACUGGAGAAAAUUAACGGAAGAACAAAUGAACUUUCUGGAAGGUCUUUGUCUUGACAAGACCAUCUCCACUCGGUCUGUUUACAAGCAACUCUGUCAAAAGUGGCCUAAGAUUGUUAUUCGCAGGAGAGAUGUUUAUAACUGGCGAUGGAAAGUCAACCAAAGCAAACGUCAAGGGUACGGUCCUGCCAACGACUUUGUACGGACGCUUUCUGAGUCGAAGAAUGUGUGGAUAUGGGGGUUAGACUGGAUUGAGGACGAAUGCCGCUUUAGAAAUGCUGCUUGGGGAUAUCAUAAAGGUGGGAAAAUGUGGCAACAAUUCUCGUCAUGUCUCCAGAUUGAUGCGACAUAUAAGACUAACUGCUAUAAAAUGCCCUUGGUUACUGUUGUAACCGUAUCAUCAGAGAAGACUUCCAUGCCAAUAUGCUAUGGUCUUCUCAACAACGAGCAAGUUCCUACUUUUGAGUGGUUCCUCCAACAGCUAUUAAGAUUCCAACGAGCGGGCAACAUCGCUCCCCCACAGGUUAUUAUCACGGACAAAGACGAUCAGUUGCGUGCUGCGGCACGGCACAUCUUCCCCAACGCGCAACUUCAGCUUUGCGUUUUCCAUAUUAACAGUAAUGUGGUCUUAUCCAUCAAGAAAUGGUGGAAGAAACCCAUCGACUCAGAAAUAGAUGGAGAUGAUGACGAUUAA